AUGGAAAAUUCAGUUAAAAGAAGUAGAGAAAGUUUUAUAAAUUUAUUAGAAAAAGGAUAUUCAAGUAGACAAAAAGAAAAUGAAAUAAAAUUAUUUGAAAAUAUAAAAACUGAUAUUAGUGUUAUUAUAAGUGAACAAUUAAAAAAAAGAUCAAAAACAGAGUUUGAAUUAACCACAAUUGAAAAAAAGUUUAUCUAUUUAAAAAAUAUUUAUGAUGAAUUAGAAAAAUUACUAAAAAGACAAAGUAUUGAGUUAAAAAAUGAAGAGGAACUAAUUAGUAAUUACUUUGAUUAUACUACAACUAAUUUAGAUUAUAUUUUUAUAAAAUAUGAAAGUGUAAUUAAUGAUUUAUUAAAAACAAAUAAUGAUAUGAAAUCAAAAUUAAAAAAUAUUAAAGAACAAGAAUUAAUAGAAUUUCAAAAUUCUUACGAAUCAAUUAAAGAAAAAACAAAUAAUUUAAAAAACAUUAAGGAUAAUAUAAUAAGUAUUAAAAAUACCAUAUUAAUUUUAGAUAAAGAAAAAGGAAAUAUAAUAAAAGAAAUAGAAAUAAAAAAUAAAGAAAAAAUUGCUAUUGAAAAAAAUUAUCAAGAUUUAUUAAUAAAAAUUGAUGAAUUCAGAAAAGAAUUUGAGAGUAUAAAAGAAAAAUGUAAUUAUCAAAUGAAUGAAAAAAAAAAAAGCUCAAGUAAUUUAAAUAUUAUUGAAGAUAAGAUAAAAGAUGUAAAUAAUAUAAUUCAAAAUCUUAUGUCAGAUAAUAAAAAAAUUAUUAGUGAAUUAAAUAAUUUAGAAGAAAAUAAUAGAAGCAUUCUAAUAAAUUUACUUGAAUGUAAUACUGAUUUAAAUGAAAAAUGUGAUUAUUUAUAUGAAGAAUUAAAUACUUUAGAAAAUGAAAUUUCUGAUAUGCAGAUAAAAAAAGAAUUAUUAGAAAAAAAUUACAAAAAUUUAGAAGUAAAAUUAAAAGAUAUAACCGAAAUAUGUGAAGAAAAAAAAAAAGAAGAUGAAAUUGCUACUAAAUUUGUAAAGAGCAAAAGUGAUGAAUUAAUCAAAAAUAAAAAUAAAAUGAAAGAAAAAGAAAAAGAGUAUUCUUGUUUAAAUGAUAAAUAUAAUUUUAUACAAAUGGAAAAUUCGCAAUUACAGGAAUCGUAUUGUUCUAUUGAAAAAAAAUUACAAAAAAUUCAUAGUGAUAUUAAUGAUUAUAUAAGUAUUAUUCAAAUGCAAAAAGAAAAAUUUAUAGAAAUGGGAGAAAUAAAAGAAAAAAAUGAAAAAAAAAAAAUAGAAAUCUUAAGUGAUAUAGAAAGAUCUGAAAAAUUAUUGCAAGAAGAAAAAAAUUUUUUUUUUAAAAUUUCCAAAUUUUUGAAUUUAAUAAACUUAUCAAAUGAAGAAUGUAUAAGAAUAAAAAAUGAAAGAAAUAAUGAAAAAGAAGAUACUUAUAAACAAAAUUAUGAAGAAUUAAAUGAGUCUUUUAAUAACAUCUGUAAUGAAGUAAAAGAGAAAAAUAAUAUAAGUAAACAUAUAAAGAGUGAAAUAGAUAACUAUACAAAGAACAUACAAAAAUAUGAAAUAGAAAUAUCCUCCUUAAAUGAAGAAAAAAAAAAAAUAGAAGAAAGUUCAAAAAAUUUAAUAGAAGUAAAAGAUAAAAACUUAAAGGAAAUUGAAAAUAGAAAGGAAAAUUCUGAAAAAAAAAUUAAAGAAACAGAAGAAAUGUUAAAACAAAGAUAUGAAGAAUUAAAAGAAACAUUAGCUUGCCAAUUUAAAAAUAAACAUAUAGAGCACAAUAAUUUUUUAAAGCAAGGAGAAAAAGAAAAAUUAGAAUGUAAUUUUCAAUUAUUUAAAUCAGAAAUAAUUUCGAGUCUAGAAAAAGCAAAAGAAGAAAAGAAAAAACAGAUUAUAGAAAAAGACAAAGAAUUAAAAAUAUAUCAACAGAGAUAUAAUUCCUUAAAAGCUAUGUGA